UGUAUUUCCACCUUAAUUAUGAAUAAUUAUUAAAGAAACUGAAAUUAACAAAAAAAAAAGUUAAAAAGCAAAAGAAAAUGGAAAAAAAAAGCCCUGAAUCGAUGUAUUUCUUCACCAUCAGAUACGUCAACCCGUCUGCCUUCCUUUCUGAGUUUAAGACGUUAAUAAUCCCCAAUUCCCCACAUAACAUGACAAAAUCUGUUUAUUGAUUAUUUGGAGGUCGACGGGGCACGAGGGCAGAGAUGCUAGAACGCAUAUUUAAGGAAUUUAAUUUAAUUGAAAUGAAUUGAACAAGAAGAUAUAAGGUUCUAGAAGUGAAAUUGAAGAUGGGAAAUCAUAAUCUUGUUAUGUUUCUGUUGAUUAUUCUUUCUUGUUCACCAACAAGCCAGUCAUGGAGUUGGUUUUCAUCUUCCUCAUCAGAUGCCCCUUCAAGCGAAAACUGGUCAGGGGAUAAUAAUGCUAUGUCUAAAGGUUUGAUUACUGAGUUUUCUGUAGAUGCUCUUGAUAAUCCACAAGCUGCUGAACUAGUUGAAAACGCUAAAAGAAAGAAGGAAGGAACAAAUCAAUGUUGGUCUAGGGCAUACGAUGAUUUAUUUUCCAGUUGUUCUGAAAUAUUUGCUGAAGAAGAAAAGAGAAAAAGACUAGCUUGGCAUCUGAGUGAUUGUUUUCAAAAGGAUACUGGGAGGAAUACCUUCCCUUCGUGUAAGGGUAAAUCCGCCAUGGUUGAUUGUCUAAAGAAGUUGAGUAAUGAUGAGAGUAAGACUUACCUUGAAUUUUACCUUCAGACAAAUUCCAUUUGCCAUCAGUUACAGUCUAAAGCUUUUAAGUUUCAGUUACAAGGUUUGGUGAAUAAUCUGAAAGAUUCAGCACUGUAUGCAGAAGACAAAUUGAAGACCAUUGAAAAGAAAUCGGAUAAUCUUCUGUAUAACUCAAAUGAAAUACAUAAAUCUGUAACAUCAAUUGAUGCACAAACUCAAACUGUUGGGGAGACUCUGAAGAAAAUGUUUGGAGAUUUGGGAGCGAUAUUAAGUCAUUCGAAAGAGCUUAAUGAAACAGCUAAUGGAAUAGCAAUGUCUCAAGAAGGGUUGCUAGAAGGACAAGGGAUAUUGAAAGAGAAAUUGAAGGAAAAUAUGUUGAAAAUUCAGGAAUCUUAUGAGAAUUUAGGUGAAGAAAUACUGGGUUUACAGAAAAAGACUGUUGAUGUGAAGCAAGAGGUGAACAAAAUUGGAGAAACAAUGUCAUCACAGAUGCAGAAUCUUCAAGGGAAAACUGAUGAUAUUACUGAAAUGGCUAAAACUUCAGUAGAUAAACAACAAGAGCUUCUUCGAGGUCAAUCGAUUGCUCUUGAGGGUCUUCAAUCUCUUACUAGUUUUAUGUCUCAAACCCUUCAAGAGAGCAGAGUUUCUUUGGAACAAUUAGUGGACUUUGCAAAUGGGCAACAUGAAGAACUGUUGAAGCAGCAGAAACAGCUUCUACUAGCUAAUGACAACUUGGCUAAAAACUCAAUAUCCAUAUUAGCAGCUCAGGAAGCGUUUGAGUCGAAACAAGCGAGCAUGUUUGCUGCCAUUGAUAAGCUGUUUACCUUGCACAAUGCUAUGCUACUUGAAUCGAGGCUUAUUAAAGCUUUCUUCGUCUACUCAAUCUUUCUCCUUGUUCUCUACCUGCUCACAAGUACAAAGCAAACUUAUUCAGUGAGAUGUAGGCUUUACAUGGGUUUAUGUAUUGCGUUCGCAAUAGAAUGUGCAAUACUACGUUUCACCUCCAACGAGAAUGAGCAACUCAUUUACCUUAGAACUGUUAUGAAGCCACUUUUUGGGAUCUAUGCAAUCAUUCAACUUCUCUAUACCAUUUUCACAUAUAGGGACUAUGAAACAUUGAACUAUACAAUGUUGGUCUCACUCCUUGACAAGGUAAAUGGGAUGAAGAAGAAAGGAAAUAGUUGUACAUGGGAUGAAGAUGACGACGAUGUGGAUAGUGAAGUUGACUGGCUAUCUUGGGUCGAGGAUGAGUUGCCUGAAGAUAUGAGUGUUAUGGAAGACCCAGAUUAUAUGUUGCCGGUUGCAGCUAAGGAAAUGGGAGAGAACUUUGUCAUUAGCACAGAAAGAAGAUAUAAUCUCCGAUAUCGUCCAUAAUUAUUGUAGGCUAAGAUAUAUACGCAUAAGAAAAUUUUGCAACACUUACUAUAGGUUUGAUGAUGGUUAUAAGUAUUUGUAAAAUAUUGUUUUACACUCUCUGCUUAGAGAGUACUCCGUAGGUUACAAUUUCAGUAAAUUAGUCCACAUUAUCCAAAUAUCCAAUCAAUAUUCUCUUAUAUUCCUGCAAUUUUUACAACCAACUAGUAUUUUGACCCGUGCAAUGCACGAGAGUAUUUGUAAAGUGUUACACAAACUUGUGUUGCUCAACAUACAAUAAAUUUAG